AUGGUGUUUGCCCUAGCUGACGCUUGCAAAGGUACUCCAGAAACCAAUUUUAAAAUUUACGUGUGGGUUAGUAUUUCUUCCCCUUUGAUUGACAAUCUACUGUCUGUAACUGUGACCACAACAACGUCAUGCAACUCCUGUUGUUUUUCCACGUCCAGGGAACAAAAGGAUUCAAUUUUAAUUUUACCAACGUGUAAGUCAAUAGCAGACUCUUUUAACAAAUUUUUGCAACCUCAAGAACUUCUAGGUGACAACAAGUGGUUCUGCCCCCAGUGUUCAUCGCAUCAAGAGGCCACAAUUGAAACUCAGAUUUCUACUUGCGGCGACUUCCUUGUUGUACAAUUGUUAAGAUACACAUCAGUAAAUGGGUCUUCUUUUAAAGACAACAAGUUAGUCAAUUGCUUGCCUAAAAAACAUCAUGUCUUAAAGGUUGCAUCUCACCCAACUGACGAUGUGUCUUUCAACAACAAGUAUAACUUGGUUGCUACCAUUAACCACUCAGGUACAUUAAAAGCAGGUCAUUACUGGGCCUUCAUUAAGGACCAACAAAACACCUGGUUCAAAUGCAACGAUCGCUGUAUUUCUCAAGUAGACACAUUCCACUUGAAUAAUUCUUCGUCAUACAUACUUUUCUUUUCCAGAAGUUAG